AAUGCAGUUGCAUUCAGCGUAUAUUGGCUCGGCUGUUGCAUUGGAAACGAGCCUCUCUCAGUGAGUUUACUGAGCACAUAAAUAUAAAACAAAAACUUCUGCGAUCGCUCAAGUUAGCAACAAUCAUCAUGAAAGAAAUAUCACUAUUGUUUAUUGCAAUAACAAUAAUCAAAUUGGCCUGUUGUGAAAACAUUGUAGAAAUUUUCCAUUGGAAGCAACUUUCACAUCAGAAGCACUUUUUGGAAGAUGCCGGCGAUAUUACCUUUGACGAAGAAAACAGCACAACUGGACCUAAUGAAUCAUUUGUCAGCUAUGUCAACAUCCCCAUGGGAAUUACACACCACAAGGGUCGUCUGUUUAUUACUAUCCCCAGGAGAAACCCGGGUGUUCCUGCUACGCUGAACGUCGUCGACGUUUCUGGUUUCCCCAAUGGUGAUAUGAGUCCCUCGCUGAAAGCGUAUCCCGAUUACAUCACCAAUCAGUUGCACACUGAUUACCACGCCGAUCCGAAACGUAUUGUUUCGGUCUACCGGUCCAAGGUAGAUGUAUGCGAUCGACUUUGGUUUGUCGAUACAGGAAGACUAGAGUACGCGAACAACAGCAUGCAGAUACAGCGUCCGCAUCUCUGGAUUAUCGAUCUAUUGCAAGAUCGAAAAGUUCGCACCUUCGAAAUACCAGAAUCGAUCGUGCAAUUUGGUGACGGUAUGGCUAGCCUGGCUGUGGAUGUGGAAGCCGGGAGCUGCGAUAAAGCAUUUGCUUACAUCCCCGAUCUCGUUCAGGCAGCGAUAUACGUUUACAGUUUCGAGACCGAUCGAAUGUGGGCUUUCAAGCAUCCGUCGUUCCAGCAGAAUCCCGAUCGGGCUAAUUUCCACGUGGCAGGUUUUCGAUUUGUUUGGGAUGACGGCAUAUUUUCGAUCGCUCUGGGAAAACGCGACAUGUUGACGCACUCGAGGCCGGUUUACUAUCACCCAAUGGUUAGUACUACAGAGUUUACGACUAAUAGCGAAACGUUGCAAAAUGAAUCACUCGCAAAUAGUGGGGAUUAUGAGAGUUUCUUUCAAGCGCUGGGCGAUCGUGGUCCGAACACACAAUCAACAAUGCAUUACUACGACCCGGAAACAGAGGUUAUCUUCUACUCGCAGGUGAAUCGAAACUCGAUCGGUUGUUGGUACACACGGAAUAAUUUCACUGCUGAGGAGCACGACAUAGUCUACCUGGAUCAUCAACAUCUAGUAUAUCCGGGUGAUCUGAACGCGGAUGUGGAUGGUAACAUUUGGAUUCUGGCAAAUAAUCUGCCCACUUGGCUCUAUUCAAAGCUGGAUGAAAACAAGUAUAAUUUCCACGUUUGGCGCAUGAACCCCCGUGAGGCGAUCGUUGGAACGAAAUGCCAGAACUAGAAGUGGAGACUGCGAACUGACUUAUUUAUGGGAACUAUGGAAUCGCAAAUAAAGCUUUCUAGUUGGUCCUGGAAGGUGGAAGGAACACCAGAACGAGGUGGAACAUAAUUUUUUUUAUUUAUUUUUGUAACUUUUUUCAAAUGAAUUCUAAACAGUUCAUAAAUCCAAACAAUUCGUUGCUUUCGGUUGGCAUAAUGUUCAUUUGGCAUAAUGGUCAUUUGGCAUAGUGGUCGUUUGGCGUGUGCAAUAAUUAUAGGCUUCUAAGACAUUCACCCGUAAGUCAUUUACUUGAAUGACGUUAGCCCGAAACCCAUUUACCCGAAUGUAAAUAACCAGAAUGGACCAUUUACCCGAAUGCCAUAAAUCCGAAUAGACCACUUACCCGAAUACCGCAUUCACUCAAACAUAAUAUAAAAUAAUAUAAAAUCAAAUGCAACGAAGGUUACCCUAUGCUUAUACCAUUUUUUUAUUGUUACGAUUCCAGUUUACUUGAACAUAAAGGUUGAUUCUUCUUUCAAACAUGA